CCCAUACGGAUCCCCUCCCUGCUAAUUCGACCGUCCUUUCCGAUUGAAUCCUCUCUUUUCGUAGCUUCCGAUCUCCAGAUUCUGCAACGACCAACAACACAACUCUAGUCAUCAUGGAUUUCCUCAAAGCUUCGACUCUCACGAUCCCUCAUCCGACCCACUCGGGGACGUUGAGUAUCCCUGCGCCGGUGACGAGCACCCACCACCACCACCAUCACAAGCCUACUGCUUUGCCUCCCCCAUACCCUGAGGGUCCCUCAGCCCAUAUUGUACAUGUCCACGACACGGGCAAGAAGGCGCUUUGGGUGUUUUGGGCAAUCUUCACCGUCUCGUUCUUGGUCGUCCUUCUGAUGGCCAAGCGGGUCGAACGCAAGUUGAGGCUUUUCCACUUGCUGACCGCGACCAUCUUGGGUAUGGCCAUGAUCAGCUACCUCGCCAUGGCCUCUGGCAUGGGUGUCGCUCUCCAGCGUCAGUUCGAGAACGCCGCCGACGGAUCCCGAGUCCUCAGGCAGGUCUUUUACGCUCGAUACAUUGAUUGGUCCCUCACUACUCCCCUUCUCUUGUUGGACCUCGCUUUGCUCUCUGGCAUGCCCUUGAUCACCACCGCCGUCCUGAUCCUCGCCGACAUCGCCAUGAUCUUGACCGGUCUCUUUGCCGCCUUGAACAGCUCCAGCGAGAAGACUAGGUGGUUGAUGUACGCCGUCAGCUGUGCCUUCUACCUCUACGUCCUUUUCACCUUGAUCUUCUCCGGAAGGAACGCCGCCAAGCUCCAGUCCGCCGGUGUUCAGAGGGUUUACAACGUCACCGCCUUGAUGAUCAUUGUCCUCUGGACUGGUUACCCCAUUGUCUUCGGCUUGACUGAGGGCAAGGGCAGGCUCUCUGUUGACACUGAGAUCAUUCUCUACGGUAUCCUCGACGUCUUGGCCAAGGUCGUCUUCGGAUUCUACCUUCUCCUCGCCCACUCCCACACCGAGGGUGAUUCGGUCGUCCUCUCUGGAUUCUUCACCGAGCCCCGCAACGCCGGUCAAGGAUACGGUGCCAUCAACCAGGAUGACGACUAGACUUCCGUAUCCAAACGAAAUCUACUCAACUAUCCAUAAAGCCUCGUCACGUCAUGUCUCUGGUCUCUCGGAUUCGAGGACAGUUUUAAUGAACGCACGAUCUCUCGAAACCGAUCCUGUUUGAUCAAUCCUUCUUACCCACUCAUGAACGUCUGUUUACUUUUGUCGAAACUUGUUGUCGAAAACUUCCUGUAUUCUUCGGAAUCGAGAUGUAACGCUCAGUAUAUACAAUCAUGUCUAUCUUUCA